GGACCGGCGGGCGGACGCCGGAGUUCGGAAGGAUCUAUCAGCUCGAUGCCUACGGGAUAUAAAUAAAGGGGCUCAUCUGGAACUCUUAGAUUUGACCCGUAAUUUUAUCAUAACAGUCAGUUCCGGUGCUAUUGCACAGCCGGUAUCGCCGGUGUUUGAGUUAUCGAAAUCGCCACGUUUUCCGGUCGCAGCUCCGGACUGCAGCGAUGACGGACACGCAUUCGAGGCAACCCGAGCUGGUGUGGUAUUUAGCGUAUGGAUCUAACAUGAGCUCCGCGAAAUUUACCGGUGGCCGAGGCAUCGUACCACUUGAUACCGUUCGAGUUCGGAUACCGGGAUGGAUCCUGGCCAUGGAGAUCCCUGGUCUGCCGUACUCCGAACCGUCCUUUAGUUCUAUUGUGCCGCGCACCUGCAUCGAAGCCGUAGUCGAAAAAUGCGCUACGCCCGAUCUUGUCGGACUCGCGUACUUAAUCACCCAGGAUCAGUACCGCCAUGUUCUGGCUUCCGAGGGUGGCGGUACUGCUUAUCGGGACAUAUCCGUUCGUGGUGAAGCUUUGGAGGCCGAGGAUAGCCAAAGGAUUGGCCAUCCAAUCUUACUCCGGACUUUAGCGACCGCCAUGAGAAGACAACCUUGGCCCGCACCGAGCAGACGGUACAAGGAUCUCCUUGUCCAAGGUGGGGAGGAAGCCCGUCUUCCACCAAAAUAUCAACAGUACCUAUCGGAGAUGGCGUGUUAUAAUCCCCCUGAUGCACAAUGGACUAAGAUCGGGGCCUUCAUCUUUACUACGAUGUGGGGGCCGGUAAUGGCUUUUUUAGAAUGGAUAACAGGAAUAAGCAUCCAGGAAGAUGGGAAUGCUCUCCCAUGCGUGAUAUUACUUGUUAGAUGGACCAUGUUUAUCAUCUGGGCUAGCCACGAUUACCUAUUUGCCCCCGUAUUUGGCCGAGGAGACGGGUUAUAGAUUAAAUCUGAGCUUCCUCACUGUCGAUAUUGGUUCGACCUUGUAUAAUUCG